AUGAACACUGGAAGUUCCCAAGAUUCAAUACCAAUUGACAAUAUUUCGUUGGGUUUGUCAACGUCACCAUUGAAUACUAUAUCCAGUGGUGGUAGUGAUUCAACCAUUGGUCAUUUGAAUACGCCACCAACAUCUAGAGCUAGAUCAGGAUCUUUAUUUUCAAUUUGGAAUGAACCCAGUGUCAAUCAUAAUAAUAAUGUUAGUCAUAGUCAUGAAAUGGCCACAAGCACUUCAAGAAAUCGUUCUUAUACCACCACUGCUGCCCUUCCUAGUAUUACUAUCGAUUCAUUUUCGGAAUCAUUACAGAAAUCAUCUGCUCCUCGAGUGUCAACAUCUCCAUUUAUUUCGGUUCCAAAUAAUGACAUGAUAAUAUUGGAUAAUUUUCAAACUAAUCUUCCUCGAUUACGUUCACAAACCAUAUCUGGUACUCCAAUAAGUUCUCAAAGCACAUUGCCACACCCUUCAGAGUCUUUGAAUGCCCCUCAUCAUUUCCCUCAAGUGUUUGAAACCGUGUCACUGAAUCCAUCGUCGGCUUCUAUAUUACCAUAUAAUCAACUGCCGCAAUUGUUUGAUGAUGUUGAUUUCACUCGUUUUUUGAUUACAACAAGUUUUGAUAAUCCAAACUUGGGUCCCACAAAAUACUUGUUGUUCGAUAACUUGCCAUUAAUUAUUAAUGCUCACAAACUAUUUGGAGUACUUUCAAAUUCAUUGAAUCCAAGGAUGGGUAAUAUUCAUGGAAUUAGAAUUACUACUACUACCACUUCAAAAUUAGCAUUGGUUGAAUGUACAAGUAUUGACACUGCCAUGUCAUUGAAAGCUAGUUUUAAUCAUUUAGAAUUAGUACCAGGAAAUAUCUUAUAUGUUGCAUUUGCCAAAGUCGAUGAUGUACAAAAUAUUGGUCAACAACGAGUUCAACCACAACAUUCACAGCAAUUACCUUCGCCUGCUCAACCAUUACCACAAUUACAACAACAACAACAACAACAACCAAUGCCGUUACCACAAUUAUCUCCCAAUCACAAUACGAACCAUAACCACAACCAUAACCACAACCACAACCAACAGCCACAACUUGUGCAACACAGCUUACCGGAUAAGUCGGAAAAACCUGAUCCAACUGAUAUUUUAUCAAUACAACAGAAUCUCAUGAAUUCAAUUGGCAAA